AUGUACAAAAAUCUCUUGUCAACACAUUAUCAUACAGAAUUGAAUACUGUUUAUCCACAUAUUGAUCAGAUUUUUAGACAUCUUUCAAGUUAUCAUUAUGAUGCUUUUGCAGGUCUAAUGCAGCAGGCUUUUGAGUAUGUUAUUGAGCAUAGUAAAAUAUCAGAGCUGCUACAAAGAGGUUCAAAUAUAAUAAAGCCAAGUAUUUUUGAAACUGUUAACAUUUCUGAUAUAACAAAUUAUGAUGAAGUUAAAAUGCCAGCAAUUAAAUGUUUACAUGGAUGCCCACCAAAUAAUAGAUAUAUCUAUGGCACAGAUGAAAAUACAAUGUCUUCAAAAAAAAGUGUUAAUGAAUGCAAGUAUAAUAAGAUGGUUUUAAAACCAAUCAAUUGUAUUAACACUGCAGAAAAUUGUGAUAAAAGCUAG